UCACCUUAUAUUCCCAUUUCGGGAAAGCAACGCUAGAGAGAGAGGAGCGAGAGCGGAGUUCUCCCCUGUUGGAAAAAUGUUAAACGGCAAUGGUUUUGCAGGGGUCUCAAAUUGCUAUGUAUUCAAGAGUCGAUUGCAAGAAUAUGCACAGAAAGCCGGCAUUCCUACUCCUGUAUAUGAAACUGUGAAGGAAGGACCUUCUCACGAACCAAUCUUCAGGUCUAGUGUAACUAUAAAUGAUGUUAAGUAUGAUUCUUUACCUGGGUUUGCAAAUCGAAAGGCCGCAGAGCAGUCAGCGGCUGAGGUUGCUCUCAUGGAGUUGCUUAAAUCAGGCACUAUGGAUUGCAUUCCUCAUCCAGUUCAUGAAACUGGCCUAUGCAAGAAUUUACUCCAGGAGUAUGCACAGAAGAUGAGCUACUCGGUUCCAUCAUACACAUGUACAAGGGACAGCAAUUCAAAUAUUAGUUCCUUUGUGUGUACAGUGGAGAUUGGAGGUAUUCAAUACAUCGGUGGGGCUGCAAAGACGAAGAAAGAAGCAGAAAUUAAAGCUGCUCGGACGGCUCUCUUAGCUAUCCAAUCUAACAAUUCUGAGACCUCGAAUAGCGGAUCUGUCUAUACUGUUCUCCCUGGUAAUAAGAAGGAAAAAGUUUCUGAUGGGCGAUCUGAGACACCUGCACCUCUAAAAACAAAGAAAAAAAAAAGCAAAUUUAAGAAGGGAUCUCAGAGGAGGCACCCUCGUUUUAAGGGGGGGUUAAAGGUCUCCGAAAAUGAGCAAGAGAAGCUAGGCCCCACUGAUGGGUCAAUUGUUAAAACUGAAGGUUUUGGUGAUGUGGUAGGUGCGGAGGCACGAGCCAAUGAUAGAGAACACUUAAAGCCGGAUGAAGCAGUAACAAGAGAAAAUGGGGAGCGAUGCCAUCAACUUGAGCAUGAAACAGAGAAGGCAUCAACUGACAGGGACAUACCUAACGGACUUAAAGGAUUUGAUCACACACCAAUAAGCGUGGAGCCAUUGGGAGCUCAAACUUCGUCUGUGAAUGGAGAUUUAGGAGAGAGGGUUGAGAUCAAUAGUAAGGGCCAAGGAGCUGCCAUGGAGGGGUUGCCUGGCGUAACACCAAAUCUCAGUGAGGACUGAUCCUGCCUAGUUCACAUGGCAUCGCCAUUUCACUUACUUGACCAUACAUAUCAAUGCUUGCUAACAUGCCUACAAAGAGGAUUAGUUGUUGGCCAUCCCGUGAGUACACUUGAAAGAUUUUCUAUAGAAAUUUUAGCACACGGAUAGAGUUUUGUGAAGAAGUUGACGUUGAAUAAUUAUCAAUUUCUCCAGAAAAUAUAGAGAAUUAGGAGUAGAAGGCCUAGCUUUUGAAUCAGGUUUUGGCAUCUGAUGUAUCCUUCUGUCUUCUGUGAAAGUGCAUGCUUCGAGUCCUAGGACUUGAACCAUGGACAGUUUCGGGUGAUAUCUAUGAUGGAAUGAUUGUUUUGGUAGGUAUUAUUUUGAUUUGCUUUUGGGGUUACAUUUUUCAGGAAUCACAAGCUCGCAAUAUUUGUUAA